AUACAGGGUCAUAUUGGAAUGGCGUGGUCAGAUCAGACCAAUAGAAAAUGACAGAUAUGGGAAGAACAUGGGAGGCUUACGGACUGCCCAGUCCUCUGAUUUCUCGUUAUUUCGUUUUGCUGCUUUUCAGAACAGCCAUAUAUAUGGAGAGUCCACAUUGUAUAUUACAGCAAGGCCAAAGCCUAUAAUGUCUUUGUCGUUUUCCACUCUAAAACCAUUAAAUAUUAGGUGACAUGCAGAGCUUCCACCAUGACUUGUUAUCAUAUAUGGUGAAUCAGCCUUUUUGCAGCUGCAUGCACUUCAAGUUCUCCAGACUCUGUUCAACCUCUGUUUUACUACUUAUAGUGCUCAUAGUGGGCCUUUAGGUCAGUUAUUUUUACUUCCUGCAGCUCAGGGUGCCAUAGCUUGUUCCUUAAUUUGAGAGUCUUCUCCUUUUGUUGUUCACUGCAAUAGAAGUCUCCCUUCUUUUCUAAUUUUGUUCUGGUUUUAAAAUCUCUAGAAUUGGGAAAUGCUUAAAACGGAGAGUUCCCAUAUUUCACUACUGGCAUUCUGUAUAAUCUUUAGCCUACUUUGUUGCACCCAAGCAAGACAUCAUUCCCAUACAAAACACAAACACUCACAUUCUCAUAGAUCAUCUAAUCCUGAGAAGCAGAAAAACCAUAAUGCCACCAGUCAUUUUGAUGUAAGAACAUUUGGGGGCAUUGGGGAUGGAAUAACAGAUGAUACAGAGGCAUUCAAGAUGGCGUGGGACACAGCCUGCCGAAGCAAAUCAGCAGUGAAUGUUGUAUAUGUUCCCCCUGGUAUCUCCUUCUUCAUUCAGUCUACUAUCUUCACAGGCCCUUGCCAAGGUCGCUUGGUUGUAAAGGUUGAUGGGACUGUUAUGCCACCUGAUGGACCUGAAUCUUGGCCUAGGGAUAACAGCAGGCGCCAAUGGCUCGUUUUUUACAGAAUCAAUGGUAUGUCACUUGAAGGAGGAGGCCUAAUAGACGGGAGAGGAGAAAAAUGGUGGAACCUUCCCUGUAAGCCUCACAAGGGACCUCACGGGACAACAUUGCCUGGACCUUGUGAUAGCCCAGUUGCCAUCAGGUUCUUUAUGAGUUCCAAUUUGACUGUGAAAGGACUGAGGAUCAAGAACAGCCCCAAGUUUCAUUUCAGAUUUGAUGGCUGCAUAAAUGUUCAUAUUGAAUCAAUCCACAUAACAGCCCCGGCACUAAGUCCCAACACAGACGGAAUUCACAUCGAAAAUACCGAGGACGUGAGAGUAUACAAUUCUGUGAUUUCUAAUGGCGACGACUGUGUGUCCAUCGGUUCCGGUUGUUAUGAUGUGGAUAUAAAGAACAUCACGUGUGGACCUGGCCACGGGAUAAGCAUUGGAAGUUUGGGGAAUCACAACUCUCGAGCCUGUGUGAGAAACAUUAGGGUGAGGGAAUCAGUGAUAAAAGCGUCAGAUAAUGGGGUUAGAAUAAAGACGUGGCAAGGUGGAUCAGGAUCAGUAUUCCAAGUGACAUUCAGUAACAUCGAGAUGAAGUGUGUGAGGAACCCCAUCAUAAUAGAUCAGUUCUACUGCCUCACUGGGGACUGCGCCAACAAAAGUUCAGCAGUGUUUGUAUCAGAUAUAGUGUACACAGACAUAAAGGGAAGCUAUGAUAUUAGGAGCCCACCUAUGCGUUUUGCCUGUAGUGACUCCGUCCCCUGCACCAAUAUAGCACUCUCAGACAUAGAGCUUCUUCCUGCUCAAGGAGAUAGAGUGCUUGAUCCUUUCUGUUGGAAUGCUUAUGGAGAUUCGCAGACACCCACGAUUCCACCAGUCACUUGCUUGCGUGAUGGUCUUCCUCGGUCCUCGUUAGACAAUGACCUGGAUCGUUGCUGAUCCACCCCAGAAGCCUUUCUAUAAUUGUAAAAUUAAUGCGUGUGCGUACAUAAGUUAUAGGGGAAUGGAUGUUAGGAGUUGGGUUUUAGAUGCUCCUCCCCCAAUUAAUUAAUUGUUAAACUAUGUCUUGUAAUUAAUCAGGUUUGGAAUCGAAGUUUGAACUUGUUCGUA